GGAAAAGGACGAGAAAGAGUCGGAGCCGAAGAGUGAUCUUUACUCUGAAGCUUGUCGAGCGUUGCGCUGUGACGUCACGGUCGGCGUCUCCGCCAUCUUAGUUGUGGUUAAAGAGGUGGCCACUUCGGAAGUGGCUGCUUGUGUGCUGCCGGGUAGAUGCUCAGGCUAUGUGGGCUUGGCGUGGUGCUGAGCCUGGUCGCGGCGGCGGCGGCGGUCAUGGCCGUGUGGUUGAUGGACUGGUUGGGUCCAGAGGGUCCCCCCUCUGGCCUUCGCCUCUUCGCACCCGAGGAGCUAGCCCGCUAUCGCGGCGGCCCAGGGGACCCGGGUCUGUACUUGGCGUUGCUCGGCCGCGUCUACGACGUGUCCUCAGGCCGGAGGCACUACGAACCUGGGGCGCACUAUAGCGGCUUCGCAGGCCGGGAUGCAUCCAGAGCCUUUGUGACAGGAGACUAUUCUGAAGCUGGCCUCGUGGAUGAUGUCACUGGCUUGUCCUCCUCUGAGAUACUGAUGCUUCACAAUUGGCUUUCAUUCUACGAGAAAAAUUACGUAUUUGUCGGGAGAUUGGUAGGAAGGUUCUACAGAGAGGAUGGGCUUCCCACUUCAGAAUUAACACAGGUAGAGGCCAUGGUAACUAAAGGCAUGGAAGCAAAUGAACAGCAACAGAGAGAAAAGCACAAGUUCCCUCCAUGUAAUGCCGAAUGGAGCUCCGCCAAGGGUAGCCGGGUCUGGUGCUCCCAAAAGAGUGGAGGUGUGAACAGAGACUGGAUUGGUGUCCCCAGGAAGAUGUAUAAGCCAGGGGCCAAAGAGCCCCACUGUGUGUGUGUGAGAACAACUGGCCCCCCAAGUGACCAGCAAGACAACCCUAGACACUCAAAUCGUGGGGACUUGGACAAUCCCAACUUGGAAGAAUACACAGGCUGCUCACCUCUGGCCAUGGUGUGUUCCUUCCCGCUCUGAGAUGGUAUCCUGUGUGUUGAUGACACAUGGAGAACCUUCCCUACAUCUCCAGGAAGCCCUUAAUGCUUAUGCUGUAGGAGGCUCCUGGCAUGAAAACAGGAGGGUCACAGACACCAGCCUCGCUCUGCAAAUGUGAGUCACGAUUCUGUUGACUGAGACAAGAGCCUGAUAGCCUGCCUGGUAUGUUCAGUUUGUUUUGACACUGUUUGGAACCUUGGUCCCCUAUCAUCUUCCUUCAGAGCCUGCAGACAUUCAUGAACACAGUGUGAUCAACAUAGAACUGCCUGGAUAGAGAGCCUGUGUGCUCCAGCAAGGGACUUCGCAUGAACUCAUUGCCGCCCUACCCAGAGCUUGUGCUCUUCCCAUCGUGCCAGUCCUGCUGGUACUUGGAGCUAUAGCAGAAGACUGUUGUGACUCUCAGCAGAGGAGCAGGCAUUUCCCAAGAAGCUGCGCAUCUUGCAGAAUCAAGGUAACUGUUCUAAGUCACAAGGUAAUUGUCUAAGCUUGCAAAACAGUCAACUUUAGUGACAUUUCUAAAACCUCUCCUCCAAGGAAAAUUUCAAUUUACUGACUCCAUCAGAGCUGGGCUGGUACAGGGAGAUGUGAAAAUACACUGGGAUGGGCGGAUUCUGGGCUAGGUGACUUUUUACUUACACAGAUGGAGCGCACCCAGAUUCCCCUGCCCAAGUGAACAUUAAGCAGCUCCCUUCCCUCAUAUCAUUAAUGUGAGGUUUUUCCUCUACUCCCUGAGUUUCUGUAACUACUACACAUUUUGAAAGGGGCUUCUCAACCCCAUUCACUGCCGAAAAUUCCCCUUUCUUCUCUGCAGGGGUCAGUUCUUACUGAUUUUUAUGUUGCUCAUUUUAGUUUUUGAGACAGGGCCUCCUGUAGCUCUGGCUGUCCUGGAAGCUCCUAGGUAGACCAGACUGACACGGAACUCACAGGAUCUAUCUGUCUCUGCCUUCCAAGUAUUGGGAUUAAAGGCCUGUGCCACUAUGCCUUGCAAAUUCUUACCUGUUUUGAUCUCUGCUACUUUUUUUAAAAAUUACUUGACUUUUUGAGAUAGGAGUUCAUGUAUCCAGGCCAGCCUUGAAUUCAAUAUGUAGGCAUGUGCUCCCAUGCUCAGUUUAUGCAGUACUAGGGAUUGAACCAAGGCUGUAUGCAUGCUAGGCAAGCAUUUUACCAACUGAGCUACAUCCCUAGGCCCUAAAUCUUCAUUGUUUUUGACUCUGUUGACCAUGCUGUCCUGCACAGUCCCUAUAAAGUCCUCACUUGCUGCACUGAUCACACUGCAGUGCCUCCUUCUGUGUCUCUGAAAGCUUCAUCCCUAGGAACACUCUCUUUGGCUUUUCUUUCUCCUCCUUCAGGCAGUACACUGCUAGGCUGUAUCUCUGAUCCAAAGGGCUUGAAAAUAAAGAAACUUGUGAGCACUUUCUAAGGGCACAUUGCUUUUUUUCUCUUGCAUACAUGAUGUAUGUGUGUGCAUAUAUCCGUGAAAUGUGAUGUUAGAGAUCUUUCUAUAUUUCCCUCCUUUUAUGAGACAAGGUCUCUUACUAAACCUGUAACUUAUUUCACAAGAUUAGCUGGCCAGCAAACUCUAGGAACCCUCCCGUCUCUUCCUCCCCAGUGCUAGGCUAUAGGUGUGUAUCUUCAUACCUAGGUUUUUACAGGAUCUGAACUCCAGUUCUUAUACAUGUGGCAAGUUCUUUUUGUUUGUUUUUUGUUUUCGAGACAAGGUUUCUUUGUGUAGCUUUGGAGCCUGUUUUGGCAUUUGCUCUGUAGACCAGGCUGACCUCGAAGUCACAGAGAUCUGCUUGCCGCUUCCUCCCAAGUGCUGGGAUUAAAGGUGUGCCACAGCCCAGCCAUGUGGCAAGUUCUUUACGAGGUGAGCCAUGCCCCCAGCUCUACAAACCCGACAUUGCUGAUGCCUCCAUCCUCCCUUGUCACCAGAUAUCUUGUUUUCAGCUGUGAAUCUGACACAAACUUAGGGUCACCCAGAAAGAGAAUCUCAACUGAAGAACUGCCCAGAUCACAUUAGCCAGUGAUCACGUUAGACUGCGGCAUGUCUGUGAGGCAUUUUGUUCCUUUCUUUCAUUUGUUCUUAAAAAAAAAAAGAAUAAAAAACCAUUUCUUUUUUUUCCUUUUUUUUUGGUUUUUCAAGACAGGAUUUCUCUGUAGUUUUUGGUGCUUGUCCUGGAACUAGCUCUUGUAGACCAGGCUGGCUUUGAACUCCCAGAGAUCCACCAGCCUCUGCCUCCCGAGUGCUGGGAUUAAAGGCGUGUGCCACUACCACCCGGCAAAAAAAUCAUUUCUCUAUGUAGUCCUGGCUACCCUGGAACUUGCUGUGUGACAAAGCUGCCUUAAAUUCAGAGAUUCCAUCUGCCUCUGCCUCCUGCUGCUUAGAUUAAAAGCAUUAAGA